GGUAUUUAAAAAAAAAAAAAUAGCAGAUAAUUGGUUUCCCUGUUGCUACUCCUUCUUCUUCUCCACCGUUUUCUUCAAUCCUUCAUUCGUUCCAAUGGCGCUAGGGUUUCAUCUCAAUUAGAGGCACCGAGCGCUCCAAACGGAACCAUGAAUCUCUCGUUGGCAGCUCCUUCGGCAUUUCGCGGGAAUCUCCUCGUUCCUCUGUCGCGCUGCACCUCUUGCUUCAAACUUGAUCUCCGUUUUCAGCAUUCCGACGGUUUUCGCCAUUCGCGUUGUCGUCGGAGUUUGUUCAAGCUGAUUCGGGAUCCGAGAUCGAGCAGGAGGAGAGGGAUUGCUUGUAGUGUUACCGAGCCAGAUAACGGUAGCGACGAGAAGGAGAAAGAAGCAGAUAAAAAUGGAGAAACGCCACGUGUGGAAGAUUCCUCUGAGCAAAGUAUCCCUCCACCUGUAGAUGCAGAACAACUAAAUGAGUUUAGUGAUGAAAAUAAGGGUCAAAGUGAUGUGCAGAAUAUGGAUGAUAGCAAUGAAGUUGCCAGUGGAUCACCUCUGCCAGGUGUGAAGCCUCAGAAACUGGAUGAAGCAAUAAAAAUUCCCAAGGAAACAAUUGAAAUUCUUAAGAACCAAGUUUUUGGCUUUGAUACUUUUUUCGUAACAAGCCAAGAUCCUUAUGAGGGUGGAGUGUUGUUCAAAGGAAACUUGCGAGGGCAAGCUGCUAAAAGUUAUGAUAAAAUAUCUAAGAGAUUGAAAGAUAAAUUUGGAGAUGAAUACAAGCUUUUCCUUUUAGUAAAUCCAGAGGAUGAUAAGCCAGUGGCUGUUGUGGUUCCAAGAACAACCUUACAACCAGAGACAACUGCUGUACCUGAGUGGUUUGCUGCUGGAUCUUUUGGACUGAUUACAGUUUUUACCUUACUUCUUCGCAAUGUUCCUGCUUUGCAAUCUGAUUUAUUAUCAACUUUUGACAAUCUGAACUUGUUAAAGGAUGGCCUACCUGGUGCCCUUGUUACUGCACUUAUUCUGGGGGUACAUGAACUUGGUCACUUUUUAGCUGCCAAAGACACUGGAGUUAAACUUGGGGUCCCGUACUUUGUUCCUAGUUGGCAGAUAGGCUCUUUUGGUGCCAUUACAAGGAUAAGAAAUAUAGUACCCAAUCGUGAAGAUCUGCUCAAGGUUGCAGCUGCUGGACCAAUAGCUGGCUAUGCCUUGGGUCUUUUGCUUCUGCUUCUAGGUUUUGUCUUGCCUCCCAGUGAUGGUAUUGGUGUUGUUGUUGAUGCUUCUGUGUUUCAUGAGUCGUUUCUUGCUGGCGGUAUUGCAAAGCUGCUUCUUGGUAACGUUCUCAAGGAAGGAACUGCAAUUUCUAUCAACCCUCUUGUGAUUUGGGCUUGGGCAGGACUCCUCAUCAAUGCCAUCAACAGCAUUCCUGCAGGAGAACUUGAUGGAGGGAGAAUUUCUUUUGCCCUAUGGGGAAGAAAGGCUUCAUUACGCUUCACAGGGGUUUCAAUUGCAUUGCUGGGAGUUUCAUCACUGCUUAAUGAUGUAGCUUUCUAUUGGGUAGUUCUCAUAUUCUUCUUGCAAAGAGGUCCAAUUGCUCCUCUUUCUGAGGAAAUAACUGAUCCUGGUGAGAAAUAUGUUGCUAUUGGAGUAACAGUUUUACUCUUAGGCUUGUUGGUAUGCUUGCCAUAUCCUUUCCCAUUUACAGAAGAAACCAUCACAAGUUUCUAGAAAUAAAUGGCUCCAUAUACUCUGGCAGCAUCGAUUUAUUCUGCUAGUACAUGAAAUUUUGAGAACUGAGUACACAGGUAGGAUUAUCAGUGAAUCAAACUGUCAACGUUGGUUCGUACGCAAGGUGAAUAAUCAAACGUCAAAAUUUUAGGCUGAAACGCCCUGAGUUUUGUUAUUCAUGAUUCAUUAACAAUGGACGUUUUUCUUUUAAUUUUAAGUUCCAGUUUUUCACAACGUAUAAUGGUUUGAAAUUGAAAUAAUUACUUGGAA